GCUGGGUGUCCAGGGGUCACCUGGGUCCUCACCAGCCGGUGAUGCCCUGGCGGGGCGGACAUUCCCCGUGGAACCCCAGUCUGGUGCCCAGAGGCGGGUCCUCUGAGCGGAGAGCGCCGAGGGCGUGUCAAGAGAAAGGGAACCCGGAGAUACGGACAACUCGUCUACAGAGUGGGCGUGGCUUCUCCAGCUAGGCCAGAUGUUCAGGGUCCCUGAGAAGGAACCCAGGGCACCUAACGCCUGUCUGGGCCCGGUCUCCACGCAGGGCCCGGACAGUAACUAUGGGGAUGGUCUGGAAAGAGAAUGUUCCAGAAAAUCCACCCAGAAGCUCCCGGAGCUCUAUGGAGUGGGUGACCCCACCGCCACGUUCUCCUGUGAUAGCUCCCAUCUGUCCUCGAGAGGAAGAGUCAUUAAAUGGUUCUGGGACUCCGCUGAGGAGGGCUACAGGGCCUACCGCAUGGAUGAGUAUGAUGAGGAGAAGAACCCCCAUGGCAUCGUGAAUUUGGGCACCAGUGAGAACAAGCUCUGCUUUGACCUUCUGUCCAAACGGCUGAGUCAGAGUGACAUGCUGCAAGUGGAGCCGUCCUUGUUGCAGUACCCUGACUGGAGGGGACAUCUGUUCCUCCGGGAGGAAGUGGCUAGGUUCCUGUCUUUCUACUGCAAGAGCCCCGUACCCCUUAAACCAGAGAAUGUGGUUGUCCUGAACGGCUGUGCCUCUCUCUUCUCUGCUCUGGCCACGGUGCUGUGUGAGGCUGGGGAGGCUUUCCUGAUUGCUGCCCCUUACUAUGGAGCCAUCACGCAACACGUCUAUCUCUACGGCAAUGUCCGGCUGGUCUGUGUCUAUCUGGACAGUGAGGUCACUGGGCAGGACACACGCCCCUUCCAGCUGUCAGUGGAGAAGCUGGAGAUGGCCCUGCAAGGAGCCGAUUCUGAGGGUGUGAAGGUCAAAGGCCUCAUCCUCAUCAACCCCCAGAACCCUCUGGGUGAUAUCUACUCCCCGGAAGAGUUGCGAGAGUACCUGGAAUUUGCCAGGAGGCAUGGGCUGCACGUGGUGGUGGAUGAGGUCUACAUGCUGUCCGUGUUUGAAGAGUCACUUGGUUACCACAGUGUCCUGAGCCUGGAAAGGCUGCCUGACCCCCAGAGGACCCAUGUGAUGUGGGCCACCAGCAAGGACUUCGGCAUGUCCGGGCUGCGCUUUGGCACGCUGUACACAGAAAACCAGGAUGUGGCCACUGCGGUGGCUUCCCUCUGCCGCUACCAUGGCCUCAGUGGCUUGGUCCAGUACCAGAUGGCACGGCUGCUCCAGGACCACGACUGGAUCAACCAGGUGUACCUGCCGGAGAACCAUGCCCGGCUCAAGGCUGCUCACACCUAUGUGGCUGGAGAGCUCCAGGCCCUGGGGAUCCCCUUUCUGAACCGGGGGGCGGGCUUCUUCAUCUGGGCCGACUUGAGGAAGUACCUGCCUGAGGCCACCUUUGAGGAGGAAAUGCUUCUCUGGCAUCGCUUUUUGGACAACAAGGUGCUGCUGUCCUUUGGUAAGGCCUUCGAGUGCAAAGAGCCAGGGUGGUUCCGCCUGGUCUUCUCUGACAAAGCCCACCGGCUUCGCCUGGGGAUGCAGAGGGUCCGGCAGGUGCUUCAGGGCACAUCUCAGGUGGCAGAGGACCCCCCUUUCUGUCAGGCCCAGGAACAGAGAGACCAGCACAGGUGAACUGGUCAUUGCCUUGUGGCUGCUGUUGCCAACGUGCGGCAUUCAAGGAUGCAAAGGCUGAUCAUGGCCGAGCCGUUUGCCAGGAAGAUAACCUAGCCCUUGAAGAAGAACCAUUUCUUGCCUCUCUCCAUGGCAGCGGGAGAGUCCUGAAGUUGUGUUUGACC